AAUGAGAAUAUGGAAAAGGAAAAUGCAACAUUGCUGACAGAGUUUGUUCUCACAGGACUUACAUAUGAGCCAGAGUGGAGAAUCCCCCUGUUCCUGGCAUUCUUGGUGAUAUAUCUCAUCACUAUUGUGGGAAAUCUUGGCCUGAUUGUUCUCAUCUGGAAUGAUCCACAACUUCACAUCCCCAUGUAUUUAUUUCUUGGGAGUUUAGCCUUUGUGGAUGCUUGGAUAUCUUCCUCAGUGACCCCCAAAAUGUUGAUUAACUUCUUAGUCAAGAGCAAGAUGAUUUCUCUGUCUGAAUGCAUGAUACAAUUUUUUUCCUUUGCGUUUGGUGGAACCACAGAAUGUUUUCUCUUAGCAACAAUGGCAUAUGAUCGUUAUGUAGCCAUAUGCAAACCUUUACUUUAUCCAGUGAUUAUGACCAAUAGACUAUGUGUUCAGCUGUUAGCCUUGUCAUUUGUUGGUGGCUUUCUUCAUGUCUUGAUUCAUGAAGUUCUUAUGUUGAGAUUAACCUUUUGCAAUUCCAACAUGAUACAUCACUUUUUCUGUGAUAUUAUACCAUUGUUUAUGCUUUCCUGUACUGACCCAUCAAUUAAUUUUCUAAUGGUUUUUAUUUUGUCAGGUUCGAUUCAGGUGUUCACCAUUGUGAUUGUUCUAAAUUCUUAUACAUUUGCUCUUUUUACAAUCCUCAAACAGAAGUCUGCCAAAGGCAUAAGGAAAGCCUUCUCCACCUGUGGAGCUCAUCUCUUAUCUGUCUCUUUAUACUUUGGCCCUCUCCUCUUCAUGUAUGUGCAUCCUGUUUCUUCAGAAGCAAAUGAUCAAGACAUGAUGGAUUCUCUCUUUUACACAGUCAUAAUUCCUGUGUUAAAUCCUAUUAUUUACAGCCUGAGAAAUAAGCAAGUCAAAGAUGCACUCACAAAAGUGUUAAAAAGAAAUGUUUAG